AUGGAGAUCCGGAGAACCAUGACAAUGAAUUGGGAGGGAUUAGGAGACCUCGAUGACGACGACGACCUUUUUUUCGACGCUCAACGACUCUCCGCUGUCGUCCCACAGGAUCUCGGUUCAUCGUCAUCUGAUGAAGAGUUCGACGACAGCCGGAUGUCGUUCUCCUCAGCCACGGAUUUCCCAGACUUCCAGACUAGUGAAUAUGACUUGUGGAUGGCCGCGCCGGAGUCAAUCGCCGAUAGGCGGCGACGGCUUCUCCGGGAUAUGGGAUUGGGGAGCAGUAAAAAUAUGUCAGCUUUCGCUGGCUCUAAUGGAGCUUCUUUGACGGAUAUACUAUCUGUAAAAACUGACAUUUCGCCUUUGGCGAAUGUCGGUAAGCCUGUAGAGAAAGACUUAUCACCUGUUUCAGUAAAACUACUGAAACAGGAUGUGAAACUGCCAUGCGAGCCUGUUUUUUCAGGCUCGCAUGGUUUACUGUUGCGUUCAAGAUCACAUGGAAGUAUAGAUACAUCUUCCAUGGAUUUGAACCGGAGGAAAGAAGAAAUGAUCGGUUCCAUAUCGAAACAACACCUUACCCGAACAUUUUCCAGCUUUUCGACACCGUUAGUUGGUUUAUCGUCUCCAAGCAAAGUCCAACAAAGGGGGAUUUUUGUAGCGAAAGACGAUACUAGCAAAAAUGAAGAAAAUGAUGACACGAAGCCGAUAAGUCUAGAGGAAUCCAUCCUCUUGAUAAAAAAUUUGGAUAAUGGGAAAGAGUUUAUGGUUCAAGAGUGUAACAAAGAAGAAAGUUGGAACAAGUUGAGUGAUGUUAAAACUGGGGAGCAAAUUACAAUGGCGGAAUUCGAGAGAAGCGCAGGGUACUCGCGGAAGGUGAAGGAGUUAAUGAAGAAGGCGGUUAACGAAUGCGGAAAUGAUUCCGAUGAUCAGAAUCUAACUCCAGGCAACUCCUCCUUCCACAACAGCUUCAAAAAGAGCAAGAAAAAAGGGGCUGCGUUGUUCAAGAACAUAAAAAUAGGAUCAAUUGGCGGAUCAAAGUCGGAUAAAGAAAAAACUUCUACAAUUACCAGUUCUCCUUCGGUUAAUAGUAACAACCCAAGAUCAUCUUCACAAUGGGUGAAAGCUAGAGUUUAUGGAAAGCCAUACAAGGAGUUUACAGCAUUGCAUAUGAGUCAAGAGAUUCAGGGUCACGACGGAUCGAUUUGGGCGAUGAAAUUUACAAAUGACGGUCAAUAUCUAGCGUCCGCAGGUGAGGAUAAAGUGAUACAUAUAUGGGAAGUGUUAGAAUUCGAUGUAAUGGCGAUGUGGAAUGGAGAUGAUUUGAGUUCAGCUGGUGGCACACCGGUUCACGCUAUGGCUAUGGUAGCUAGUCCUGAUGGCAGGCCACCGUUGCCUGAUGCUACGCUGGAGAAGAAAAAGAAAGGGAAGAAAAAGAAAGGGGUACCGGACUAUGUUCAUGUGCCGGAAACUAUUUUUGGGUUGUCCGAAACACCAGUUUGCACAUUGGAAGGUCAUGUGGAUGAUGUCCUAGACCUAUCAUGGUCAAGAUCUCGGCUCUUGUUAUCCUCUUCGAUGGAUAAAACAGUAAGGCUAUGGGACAUUGAAACCAAGAACUGUUUGAAGAUAUUUUCCCAUACUGACUAUGUGACUUGUGUUCAGUUUAAUCCGGCAGAUAAUGACUACUUUAUAAGCGGUUCACUGGAUGCUAAGGUUAGAAUAUGGAACAUACCAGACCGGCAUGUUGUGGACUGGAUCGAUCUUCAUGAGAUGAUCACUGCGGUUGGUUAUUCUAAUGAUGGCAAGGUUUCGGUUGUUGGUUCCAAUAAAGGGAUCUGUCGAUUUUACAACACUGCUGAUUGCAAGCUUGAGUUUAAGGAUCAAGUUGAAUUGAAAACUAAGAAAAAGCCACAGCCUAAAAAGAUAACCGGUUUUCAUUUUUCUACAUUGAAUCCAUCUGAAGUACUCGUGACAUCAGCGGAUUCACGGGUUAGGAUCUUAGAUGGAACAAAACUUGUCCAAAAAUUCAAAGGUUACAAAAACAAUUACAGCCAACUUUCAGCUGAUUAUAGUCCGGAUGGCAAAUACAUAAUCAGCGCUAGCGAAGAUUCACAUGUAUACAUUUGGAGGCACGAAGAAGCCAAAGGGAAGCAUAAAUAUCCGAUUAUUACAUCUUACGAACAUUUCCCUUGUAAAGAAGUUUCUGUCACAGCACCAUGGCCUGGAGGUAGGAAACUUGAACAACCGCUUGUGGCAAUGCAUUCCAAGAAACACUCAAAAAGAUUCACAACCACCCUGCUACCACCCGUAACCAAUUCUUCUUCUAUACACGAUGACAUUGGCCAUAGUAAACCAUUGUCAACGCCCUUGCCACCGCUUCCUAAAAGGAGCAAUCCCUCAACGGACAGUGUUGAAGACAUAAACGACCAUGCACAUUCUGACUCGAGUGUAGGGCCCUGUGAGUCAUUCAGUUCGGUAAUCAGUUCAUCAGGUAGGUUUGAUGAAAUGACAUCACCUUCACCAAACUCCAUGUCGUCUCCUCCUGGGUGGGGUGGUAACCGAAGUCACAAGACCAUCCAAGCAACGGCAUGGGGCUUGGUGAUUGUGACUGCAGGGUUGGGUGGUGAGAUCAAGGUUUUCCAGAAUGUUGGUCUGCCUUUUAAGGUUGGCCGCUUGUAGUUGGCUUGAAGUGAUAUAAUGAUUCAUUGUGGGGUCUUUGGAACGGUAUAGUCUGCCAUUAAGGUACGCUAGUUGUUGAGUUUUGUAUACUAAGAAGUUUUGUAGUUUGGAAAUGCGCGAGUUAUCUGUAUCACAUGUGAUCUCCUUGAAUUGAACAGUGUACAAUCAGGGGCAGAGCUAGCAUAUAAUUCCCUCGAAAGGACAAGCUGAAAGCUUCGUCUAAACUAGUUUUUCACGUACCUUGGUGUUUAAUUAUUGGUAUUUGUUAUAUAUUUUUAUUUAAUUGAAAAGAAAGAUUCAUGUA